AUGCUUGUGCGGUUCGGCAGCCAUGGAGCACGCACUGUCCAUGGCCACCGGCAGGAGCUUGGGCGUGGCGGCACACGCCGCCGCCUGGUCUGGCUGCGGCCCCGGUUGCACGAAUCGACGGAGCUCUUCGACCAACGGAGUGACGACCGCGACCUCGUCGAGCAGAUCGUUCACCGCCAGGUCCAUGAGGCGAUGAUGCUGCAUCUCCUGGCACGGGCGCUGGGGCUCGACAUCGAAACUAUUAUUGCCUGUCUCCAAGAAGGAGCGAACGGCGGCGGCGGGUUCGGUGCGGUCCCCGCGUCCGCCGCGGCCGUGGCCGCCCUAGAGAAGCAUACGUUUCACGCCACGGAAGGGUGCGGCGGCGAGUCGGAGUGCGCAAUCUGCUUCGAGGACUUUGAGGAUGGCGAGGAGGUCAGCGUGAUGCCGUGCGCACACGGGCACGAGUACCACACGACCUGCAUCACCAAGUCGCUGGGGCGCAGCAACAUGUGCUCUCUCUGCCGCCAUGAACUGCCCACAGGCGUGGAUGGCCACUGA